AUGCAAGAUUCAUCUCCUGUGCAAGAUUCAUCUUCAUCUUCUAAGCGAAUUCAUGUUGAUUUUAACUUAGAAAAUCUUCCUUCAGAUCCUGGGCUAAGACAAAAGAUAUCAUCUUAUCAUCCUAAUAAUCAUGAUGAAAUAAGAAGACAUUAUUUAACAAAAGGCCCUUGUCAACCUGUUCUUCAUGAGUUCCCUGCAUCAUAUUUUUCUGAAAAGCCCCAUCGAUUUAGAUCUGACUGGUAUAUAGGUGGAAAGUGGUUGGAAUAUAGUAUAGAGAAGGAUGCGACAUUUUGUUUUUAUUGCUACCUAUUUGGGCGACAAGAUGUUGGUAAGCAAGGAGGAGGUGAUACUUUUGUAACGAAGGGAUUCAAACUUUGGAAUCAGGUUGCGAAGUUAGAGUCCCAUGUUGGAGGAGUUAAUAGUGCUCAUAGCCAAGCUGUCAAGAAGGGUGAAGAUCUAUUGAAGGAAAAGCAACACAUUCAAAGUGUUUUUGUUAAACAAUCAAAUAAAGAUAAACAUGAUUAUUGGGUUCAAUUAAAUGCAAUAGUUGAUUGCAUAAGAUUCCUUUUAUGCGGGAGAUUAGCUUUUCGUGGUCACGAUGAAUCUCAAGGUUCAAGUGAUAAAGGAAAUUUUCUUGAGCUUGUACAAUUUUUGGGGGAUCACAAUGAAUCUAUCAAUGAAGUGUUGCAAACAGCUCCAAAAAAUUGCAAGCUUACCCACCCGGAUAUUCAAAAAGAUAUUGUGAAUGCAAUUGCACGGGAAACAUCCAAAGCCAUCAUCAAGGAUCUUGACAAUGGGUUCUUUUCAAUAUUAGUUGAUGAGUCACGUGAUAUCUCGGUGAAAGAACAAAUGUCCAUCGUUCUUCGUUAUGUGAACAAAAAAGGGAUUAUUAUAGAGCAGUUCCUUGGUAUUGUAUAUGUUGCAAGUACCACCGCUUUGUCACUCAAAUGUGCUAUUGAAUGUUUACUUUGUGAACAUAAUUUGAGUUUGUCGAACCUACGUGGGCAAGGUUAUGAUGGGGCUAGUAAUAUGCAAGGUGAUAUCAAUGGUCUCAAAACUUUAAUUUUGAAAGAGAAUAAGUCAGCAUUUUAUGUCCAUUGUUUUGCUCAUCAACUUCAAUUGACACUUGUUGCUGUUGCUAAAAAUCACAUUAACAUUGUUGAAUUUUUUUAUGUGGUUAGUAAUUUAGUAACUGUUGUUGGAAGCUCUUGUAAGAGACGAGAUGCUCUUCGAGAUGCACAAUUUGCCAAAAUUAAAGAAAAUUUGGAGAAUGGUGUAUCUUCUUUAUUGACUGAAGUAUCUUCUUUUUGUGCCACGCAUGAUAUUUCUAUCUUGAACAUGGAUGAAACAUUUGUAGUUAGUGGGAGGUCACGACGCAACACUCAACAAAAGACAAAUUUACAUCAUUAUCGUGUUGAGCUAUUCUACACAGUCAUAGAUAUACAACUUCAAGAGCUUAACAACCGUUUUUCUGAGUCAAAUACCGAUUUGCUACUUUGUAUGGCUUGCUUAAAUCCAAGUAAUUCAUUUGUGGCUUUCGAUAAGGAAAAGUUGAUUCAUCUAGCUAAGUUCUAUCCCUUUGAUUUUCUUGGGACAGAUAUUUUGGCACUUGACUCUCAACUACAGAAUUACAUUUUUGAUAUGCGCAGCAACGACUUCUUUUUAGAGCUUCAAGGAGUUAGUGAACUUGCUGAAAAGUUAGUGAGCACAAGGAAGCAUGAGACUUAUCCUUUAGUCUAUUUGCUUGUGAAGCUAGCUUUGACCCUUCCAGUUGCUACUGCAACAGUAGAAAGAAGUUUUUCAGCAAUGGAAUAUAUAAAGAAUGAACUGCGCAAUCGAAUGGGAGAUCAGUGGAUGAAUGAUUAUCUAAGUCCCAAUGGAGCAAACUUUGUCACUCAAUGA